AUGUUGAAGAUAUGGUCAAUGAAACAACAACAGCAGCAAGCUGAAAAUGCCGAAGGCGCCUCCGGCAAGAAGAAAAAGAAGGUCACCGCCGCCCAGCUGCGCGUACAGCGGGAUCUUCAAGAACUCACCCUCGGAAGCACGAUGAAAAUGUCCUUCCCCAACCCCGACGAUAUCUUGAACUUCACCCUCACUAUCGAACCCGACGAGGGCAUGUAUAAAGGCGGCGCGUUCCAUUUUAGCUUCAACGUGAACCAGAAUUUCCCUCAUGAUCCGCCUAAGGUUAAGUGUACGCAGAAGAUUUAUCAUCCGAAUAUUGAUCUCGAGGGAAAUGUUUGUUUGAAUAUUCUUAGGGAGGAUUGGAAGCCGGUGCUGAAUUUGAAUGCUGUUAUUGUGGGCAUGCAGUUCCUCUUCCUCGAGCCGAACGCUUCCGAUCCCCUGAAUAAGGAAGCGGCCGAUGAUCUCCGCCAGAACCGGGAGGCGUUCAAACGGAACGUCCGGACAUCGAUGACGGGAGGCUCUGUCCGCAACGUGCAGUACGAGCGCGUGAUGAAAUGA